AUGGAGCAAUACUAUCACACCAACUUGUACCUCAACCUUCUCUUACUCUUCAUCUCCGCCGUCUCCCUCUCCUUCUUCGCCAUCUUCUACAAGCACAAAUCCCAAUACUACAACCACCCCAACCUCCCGCCGGGCCGGCCGGGCAUCCCUUACCUCGGCGAAACCCUAGCCUUCCUCACCACCGGAUGGAUCGGCCGCCCGGAGAAGUUCGUCACCGACCGGAUCCGAGAAUUCUCCUCCUCCGCGUUCAAGACCCACAUCAUCGGCAAGCCCACCGUCGUCCUCACCGGCGCGGAGGGCAACAAGUUCCUCUUCACCAACGAGAACAAGCUCGUCGUCGUGUGGUGGCCGGACUCCGUCAGCAAGAUCUUCCCCUUCAGCGAGACCACCUCCAUACACGAGGAGUCCCGCCGGUUCCGGAAGUUCCUGCCGCAGUUCAUGAAGCCCGAAGCCCUCCAGAGGUACGUCGGAGAAAUGGACGAGGUGGCGCGCCGCCACUUCGCCUCGUUGUGGGAAGAUCGCGACGAGGUGGAAGUGCUCCCGCUGACGAAGAAGUACACGUUCUGGGUGGCGUGUCGUUUGUUCGUCAGCUUGGACGAUCCUGCGCGAAUUGCGGAGCUCGGCGUCCCGUUUGACCACGUGGCGUCCGGAAUUUUCGCACUUCCGUACGAUUUUCCCGGCACGCCGUUCAGGAGGGCGAUCAGGGCGUCGAAGUUUAUAAGGGAGGAGUAUCUGAUGGAGAUUAUUAGGCGGAGGAAAGCUGAGCUGGCGGCGGCGGCGGAGGAGUCGCAUCAGGAUAUAUUGUCGUAUAUGCUGACGGCGACCGACGACGGCGGGGAGCAUAUGAGCGACAUAGACAUUGCUGACAAGAUACUAGGGCUUCUCGUCGGCAGCCACGACACCGCCUCUGCCACGUGUACUUUCGUCGUCAAGUUCUUGUCGGAGCUCCCUGAUGUUUAUGAUCGAGUUUACCAAGAACAAAUGGAGAUAGCGAGAAGCAAAUCAGCAGGGGAAUUGUUGAACUGGGAGGACAUAAAGAAGAUGAAGUACUCGUGGAAUGUAGCUUGUGAAGUGCUGAGGCUCACUCCUCCUGUUCAAGGCUCGUUCAGGAAAGCCACUACGGACUUCAUUUUCAAUGGCUUCUCCAUCCCCAAGGGUUGGAAGUUGUAUUGGAGUGUACCUUCAACUCACAAAAACGAGAAGUACUUCCCGAAACCGGAGAAAUUCGAUCCCAGCAGAUUCGAAGGCAGCGGUCCAGAACCGUACACGUUCGUUCCUUUCGGAGGAGGCCCCAAGAUGUGCCCUGGCAAAGAGUAUGCUCGCCUUGAAAUUCUGGUGUUUAUGCACAACUUGGUGAAGCGAUUCAAGUUCGAGAUGUUGAUCCCCGGUGAAAAAAUUAUCGUGAAUCCUAUUUGUGUGCCGGCUAACGGACUUCCUAUUCGUCUGUUUCCUCACGAGGCUUCCAUCUUCUACAAGCACAGAUCCCAAUACUACAACCACCCGAACCUCCCGCCGGGCCGGCCGGGCAUCCCAUACCUCGGCGAAACCCUAGACUUCCUCUCCACCGGAUGGACCGGCCGUCCGGAGAAGUUCGUCACCGACCGGAUCCGAGAAUUCUCCUCCUCCGCGUUCAAGACCCACAUCGUCGGCGAGCCCACCGUCGUCCUCGCCGGCGCGGAGGGCAACAAGUUCCUCUUCACCAACGAGAACAAGCUCGUGGUCGUGUGGUGGCCGGACUCCGUCAGCAAGAUCUUCCCCUUCAGCGAGACCACCUCCAUACACGAGGAGUCCCGCCGGUUCCGGAAGUUCCUGCCGCAGUUCAUGAAGCCCGAAGCCCUCCAGAGGUACGUCGGAGAAAUGGACGAGGUGGCCCGCCGCCACUUCGCCUCGCUGUGGGAGGAUCGCGACCGGGUGGAAGUGCUCCCGCUGGCGAAGAAGUACACGUUCUGGGUGGCGUGUCGGCUGUUCGUCAGCCUGGACGAUCCCGCGCGAAUUGCGGAGCUCGGCGUCCCGUUCGAUGACGUGGCGUCCGGGAUUUUCGCGCUGCCGUUCGAUCUGCCCUGGACGCCGUUCAGGAGGGCGAUCAGGGCGUCGAAGUUUAUAAGGGAGGAGUAUCUGGUGGGGAUUAUUAGACGGAGGAAAGCUGAGCUGGCGGCGGCCGCCGCGGCGGAGGAGGAGGGGUGUGAUCGUAAUAAGAUGAAAGCGCAUCAGGAUAUAUUGUCGUAUAUGCUGACGGCGACCGACGACGGUGGGGAGCACAUGAGCGAGAUAGACACUGCUGACAAGAUACUGGGGCUUCUCGUCGGCAGCCACGACACCGCCGCCGCCACGUGUACUUUCGUCGUAAAGUUCUUGUCGGAGCUCCCUGACGUUUAUGAUCGAGUUUACCAAGGUGCGUCUCCUCUUUUGUUCAUACUAGUGUGA